GUGUCAGUGGUUGUUGGGAUGUGUCAUGCAGUGACAUAAUGACGUACGCUAUACAAAUGCAUAUGUAUUAGGAAUCUCAAGUUUAUGUUGUUUUUGAUGUUAGAAUGUAAUUGUCGCAAAAGUUCAUUAUCUGAAGAUGGAAUCCAGACAGUGCUAUUAUGGUAUUUUACUUGAAAACGAUUUAGUUCAUGAAUAUGACAAAUCAGAUAGACCACAAAGUCUAUUGUUGGGGCAAAUUAUUAAGAUAGAGAGCCAUUUGAGCAGCCAGCAUUGCCUUAUUAAAGUUAUACAGAAAGAUCGGAUCUUGGUAACUAAUUUUGUGUGUUCUAUAGAAUCUAUAUUAUACAUAGAUGAGAAACUGUGGCCUUUUUUACAAUCUGUUGUUUCACCGCAAGACAGAGUUGCACUUGCAAAAAGCAAGGAACGAUGCCAGAGCUUAAUGGACAUUAAACUGAAUUCAAUUGUUGGAUGUAAUCUUAACAAUGAAAUAUUGUUAGGAGAAGUGAAGUAUAUGGGAGAAGUAAAAGGAAUUGGUACAUGUUAUGGUAUCCAAUUAAAGGAAAAGAGGAUUGGAAAUAAAUGUAAUGGCUCAUAUUUGGAAAAACAAUAUUUUAACUGUUUACCUGGAUAUGGUCUAUUUACAACAAUUGACAAACUCUUUGUACCAAGUUCAAAAUGUACAAAUGACAUUGAUAGAUGCAUCCAAAAGAAUUUAACAUCAUUUGAGAGGAAUGCAGAUGGCAGAGUAGAAAAUGGAUAUAAUCACAAUACAACAACUACCAAUAAUUUUAUGACAAUGUCACAUUCCACUAAAAAUAGUUUAGUAGAGAAGAAUACUGUGAAUACAAAUAAUGAUUUUGAUCAAAAUACAAUUGUCCAAUCUGAUAAUUUGUAUUUGCUAAACAAGAAUCAACAGAAGAGUAAAUCCAGUGGUGUUGAUUUGAUUGAUGUCAUUGGUUCAUGGGCAGGAAGCACAGAUCAGAAUCAACUAAAUAAGUUCUCCAAUUUAAAUAAAUAUUGUGAGAAAGUUGAGAAUGAAUUACCUCCAAAUAAUUUAAAAAACAAUAAUGUUAUGAAUGGAAGCAGGACUGUUCCCAGAAAAGCGAAUUUAUCACGAGACUUGGAAGGAGUUAAGACUUAUUCAAGCAGCAAAUUUUAUGACAAUCUUCCAUUAUUUGUUUCAGAACUGAAUGAUAGAAGCGAUUACAAUAAAAAGUCGACGCCAUCCACUUCGACAUUUUAUAAUGACAAUGAGAUAUUUUUUAACCCUCCGACACCAUCGGAAACCAACGAUUUAACAGUAGGAUCUGUGGUAGAAGUUUUAACUGAUGUUUCGGAAAGACCGUUGUUUGGCGUAGUGCGAUGGAUGGGAAUCGAAUGUGGAACACGUAUCGUCCUCGUUGGAAUAGAACUAGAUGAAGAACAUGAUUAUUUGCCACUUCAACUCACCGAUGGCAACUACAAAGGAAAACAGCUAUUCGAGUGCAACGAUGGAAGAGCGUUAUUUGUACCAAUCAAUCAAUGCCGUAAAGAUUCAAGAUUUAUUGAUGGAUCUCAUACGCCCAGACACAGCUUCAAUGAAAGAACUUUUGGCAAAGAUUGUCCAAUCAUUCCUGGAGCUAUACCACCUUUAAUUAUGAAAACAGAGGAGGACGUUGAUGCUGUUUGCGGAAAAUUCAGGGGUAUACAAGGACAUCACAACUCCUGCUAUUUAGAUGCAACUUUGUUUGCCAUGUUUACUUACACCGCCGUCUUCGAUAGCCUCUUAUUCCGGCCUAAAGGUCCAAACGAUAUUUCGGAUUACGAAGAAGUGCAACGAGUGCUCAGAGAAGAAAUUGUGAAUCCGCUGCGAAAGAAUUUGUUUGUGCGAGCAGAUCGCGUUAUGAAUUUGCGAAAACUUCUGGAUCAGUUGAGUUCCGUCUCAGGCCUUACCAGCGAAGAAAAAGAUCCCGAAGAGUUUCUAAAUUCCCUGCUCGCGCAGAUCCUAAAAGCGGAACCUUUCCUGAAAUUAAAUUCUGGACAGGAAGCAUACCAUUACCAGUUGUUCGUGGAGAAAGAUCACAAGUUGAAGCUGCCCACCGUUCAGCAACUAUUCGAGCAGAGCUUUUUGACGAGCGAUAUAAAGCUGAAGGAAGUGCCUUCGUGCCUUAUUAUACAAAUGCCCAGGUUCGGGAAAAAUUAUAAGAUGUAUCCUAGGAUAUUGCCCUCUCAGUUACUAGACGUAACAGAUGUUAUUGAAAAUUCACCAAGACAAUGCACAGUUUGUGGUAAAUUAGCAAAGUGGGAAUGUCGAGAAUGUUUCAACGAAUGUGGUAGUGGCUUAGAGAGUACUGCCGUUUGUGAUCAGUGCGUGCAUACUAUCCACACACAUGAGAAUAGGAUGAGGCAUGUACCGAAACCUCUUGCGAUUCCUCAUGACUUUUUGAUCAUGUCCGAUCAUUGUCUUCCACCAAGGUUGUACAUGGAGCUAUUCGCCGUCGUUUGCAUUGAAACAUCUCACUACGUAGCCUUCGUCAAGUGUGGCGUCGGGCACGAAGCUCCUUGGUGUUUCUUUGAUUCCAUGGCUGAUCGUAAAGGCGAAAGAAAUGGUUACAAUAUACCUGAAAUGGUUGCAUGCGCUGAUGUUUCCAAAUGGUUGUCUGAUGAGCAGUUGUGCAGGACAAUGCACGAUAAUGCAUCUCUAGACAGACAUUUACCAGAGCACGCCCGUCGUUUGUUGUGUGACGCCUACAUAUGCAUGUACCAAAGUUCUGACGUUAUGAUGUACAGAUAAGCCACGUACAUCCUUUCUCUUGUUUACUGACUGAUAACAACAUCUACACACAUAAACGAUAACAUCGUGGUAAAUUGUGAUUGUUAUUAUCUUUUUUUUGCUAUUGAUUAUUAAUUUUAUUUAAAAUUAUACUCAGAAUUAUUAAGUUUAUUUCAAAUAUUUAUUUAACAGGGAUAUUGACUAUUAGAGCUGUAUUAAUUUCAAUUAAUUGUAUGCUAAACGUAAUUAGUAAUCUUGGGCAAAAAGUAAUUAAAUAAUACACCUUCCAAUAGGGAAUAAUACCUGUCUAAUGUUUAUAUUUAUUAAAUAUAUAUAUAUUAUAUAACUA